AUGGUGCUCAUCAUCGACUCAUUUCAGCGUAUACGCAAAGUGCUUAUCGCCAAUAGAGGUGAAAUAGCCUGUCGUAUAAUCAGAUCAUGCAAGGAACUGGGCUUGACGAGUAUAGCAAUCUACUCGAAAGCGGAUAGAUCAAGUGCCCAUGUUAGGUUAGCAGACGAGGCUUGGCUGCUUCCUGGCAACGACCAGACCGCUUAUAUAACGGAGGAGGAUGUUCUGGAGAUCGCAAGGAAGAGUGGCGCCAAUGCAGUAAUUCCGGGAUAUGGUUUCUUAUCUGAGAACGAUGGUUUUGCCGAGAAAGUAGAAGCAGCCGGUCUAACAUGGGUCGGACCUUCUUCUGAAGUGAUUACGAAGUUCGGGUUGAAGCAUACUGCACGUGAACUAGCUGUACAGGCGGGAGUUCCUGUCAUCUCCGGUACCGAUCUGCUCAACUCAGCGGAGGAAGCCUUGGUAGCAGCUAGUAAGAUAGGCUAUCCAGUCAUGCUGAAAGCCACAGCGGGUGGAGGAGGUAUGGGUUUGCAAAUAUGCUGGAAUGAAUCCGAGAUCGAAGCUGCUUUCCACUCGGUCCACGCCAGAGGUGCAACCUUGUUCAAGAAUACUGCUAUGUUUAUGGAGAAAUAUGUUGCCAAAAGUCGUCACGUUGAAGUGCAGGUAUUCGGGAAUGGGUUGGGAGGAGCCGUUCAUUUUGGUGAAAGGGAAUGUAGUAUCCAGAGGCGACAUCAAAAGGUGGUCGAAGAAUGCCCUUCCCCUUUUGUUCACAACAGACCAGAACUGCGAGAACGUUUGACCAGCUGUGCGGUAUCAUUGGCGAGUAACGUAUGUUAUGGUAGUGCCGGUACAGUAGAAUUCUUGGUGGACGAUACGGACGGAUCAUUCUACUUUUUGGAGAUGAACACUCGAUUACAGGUUGAGCAUGGUAUCACCGAGAUGUGCUACGAUGUCGACCUCGUCUCGCUCAUGCUUCAGCAGGCUGAAAUGCAAGCCAGAGGCAGAGGCGGCCUAGAGAUGACCGCCUUGAAAGCGUUGCAGAAAGACAGCCCUACUGGUUUCGCCAUUGAAGCCAGAGUAUAUGCGGAAGUACCCUCAAGGAACUUUGCUCCUUCGCCUGGCUUGCUACAACAUGUGGAGUGGUAUGAAGCUGAGGGUGUAAGAGUUGACACCUGGAUUCAAUCGGGAACCAACAUAUCCCCAUUCUACGACCCCAUGAUCGCCAAAGUUAUCGUGUGGGAUCGAGAUUCACAUGAUCAAGCUACCGAUAAAAUGUUAGCGACGCUUACCCAAUCGAAAGUCCAAGGCUGUCCGACCAACUUCCAGUAUCUCGCUGCUAUUGUUGGCUCGAACGCGUUCAGAAUCGGAGAUACCACCACCGCAUUCUUGACCAGUGAUCACUUCAACUUCUCUCCUACUACCGUAGACGUCAUUUCAGGUGGAGCUUAUACGACUGUCCAAGAUCUACCAGCGAGAAAAGGUGUCGGCAAUGGUGUACCUGAAAGUGGUCCCAUGGAUUCGGUUUCUUUCCGAGUCGCCAAUCUUCUUGUGGGUAAUCACGAGAAUGUGGAGGCUUUAGAAGUUACUCUUGUAGGGCCCGAACUACUGUUCCAUGCACCUGCCAUCGUGGCUGUCACUGGAGGUGUGGUGGACGUCUCGAUCGAUGGGGGGAAGGUCGAUAUGUACACCUCACUACUGGUACCUGCGGGCAAGAAACUGAAAUUGGGUAUGGUGUCUUCCGGAUGUCGAAGUUACAUCGCGAUCAGAGGUGGCUUCCCUACAAUCCCUGUAUAUCUAGGAUCCAAAUCGACAACUACCACGCUGAAAUUGGGAGGUGUACAAGGGAGACACUUGCUUCCCAACGACAGUCUGGACCUGGAUCCUCAUACAGAAGAAUGGGCUGAGCAUUACAAGCCGAUCACAAUCCCUCAAAUCGCCCGAUUAGACGGUCUGUGGAAGAACAAAUGGGAGCUUUAUACGAUGCCAGGGCCCCAUGAUGAACCAGACUUUACCACCGAAGAAGAUCGAAAGACUCUCUAUGAGACUGAAUGGAAGAUCUCUCACAAUGCGUCUCGGUCCGGGUAUCGUCUCAAGGGACCAAGACUCCAGUGGUCAAGAGAAGACGGUGGAGAAGGUGGAAGUCAUCCCGCAAACGUUAUCGACGAGCCUUACUCGUAUGGUGGGCUAAACUGGAACGGUGACGAUCCGGUCAUUCUCCCAGUGGAUGGACCGAUGGCUGGAGGUCUCGCUAUUACCAAUACGAUCGUACGUGGUGAUUUCUGGCGACUCGGCCAAUGUCGACCGGGUGAUUCGAUCCGAUUCAAAAGGAUAUCUUGGAGCUCGGCUCUUCUCCUCCGACGCAGAACGGAAGAAUAUGUGUCACAGAUCAAGGGAUUCAUCAACGGCCAAACAUCUUCUGGCGAAUUAAAAACCAUCAAUAUCGACCUUCCGGAGGAUUGGGAUGAGACGAUAUUACAUCAUACACCUGUAGAUCCCGUCAAAAAGACAAUCGAAGUCAAAUACAGACAGGCCGGCGAUUGUCAUAUACACGUUACCUAUGGUCCUAUGAUCGCCAACGUUCUCAUCAGAGUUCAUAUACAGCAUCGACUGAAUAAGAUUGAAGCUGGAGAGGUCAAAGGUGUAGUAGCUGUGAUCGGAUGCGCACGAUCCUACAACGUCCAGUUCGAUCCUCUUGUCACUACCCAGGAAGAAAUGCUUGCCCGUCUGAUCGCUCUCGAAGAAGAACUGGAAAGCGCUUCUCACUCGCCUCUACCUAGUCGAUUGUUCAGAUUCCCUAUUUUGCUGGACGAUCCGCUCUCGAAGAAGGCUAUACAGGAUUACAUGGCGACCAUCCGUGAAUCUGCGGUGUACUUACCCGAUAACAUGGAGUACAUCGCUAAAGCCAAUGGGGUCAAAGAUAGAGAUACAGCCUUAAAAUCCAUCGUCACCUGUCCUCAGCUCGUAGUUGGUGUCAGCUUCUUAGCGGGCUUGCCAUUCAUGCUGCCUCUCGAUCCUCGAUUAAUUUAUGUCGCUCAAAAGUACAAUCCUGUACGAGCUUUCACCGCUGAAGGUACCGUCGGUCUGGGUGGCCCUCUCACGGUCAUAUAUCCGAUGGAAUCGCCUGGUGGGUAUCAGCUGUGGGGCAGGACGUUGUCUACAUGGGAUCCUCAUGCUGCCAAACCAGGCUUUGACCACCCAUGGCUCUUACGGGAAUUCGAUCAAAUCCAAUUUUACGAGGUGACGUCUGAUGAGUUUGACAAAGUAUACGAGCAGUUUAAGACCGGUCGUCUGAACUUUGACGUCGAAGCAACUACGUUCGAUCCUGCUUCUUACGAGAAGUUCAUCGAUUCCAUCGCCGAUGAGGCUGCAGAGUUUGUUAAGAACAGAAAUCUAGCUACGAAGGCUGUCACUCAAGAGGAAAACCGAUUAGUGCAAGCGUGGCGAGAGAAGCAGGCUCAGAACACCGCUGAGGGUGGGGACGACGCUGGUUCCGAGAGCGAAGGUGUGAAUGUGAUUGCACCUAUGACUUCGAGUGUAUGGAAGAUCAACGUGAAUGUAGGAGAUACAAUAAAAGAUGGCCAAGUGGUGGCUGUCUUGGAAGCUAUGAAGAUGGAAAUCGCGGUACGAGCAGAUGCAAGUAUGGAUGGAAAAGUAGUCAAGAAAAUCGCAUCACCUCCAGGGACUGUAUUGGAUCCUGGUCAAGUCGUCAUAUCGCUGGCCGCGUAG